AUAUAGCACUAUUAUAUUGCAUAGAAAAGCAAGUAUGCAACUCUACAAAAGCACUAAAUCCCUGCAUAAGAAGUUGAGUAUCACAUAAAUAAAAAAACAGUUUUAUGUGGUUCUUGCUGAUAUUGUUUUUUGGCAUAGUUUAUUUGAUGGGAAACAAGAAUUCAAGUGCAAGAAGAUUCUUCACUUCUUCAUCUUCAUUUGAUCAUGAUCAUCAAUACUCUUACCGCCAGCCGCCUUCUUACACCGCCACGCCGCGCCACCCGUGCUGCACCCCGCGCCACCACCACACCCCGCCCGCUUACAGCUACGUGCCGCCUCCCCCGACUCCUUCCCCGCCCCGCCGCCGUCUUGACCGGAAAUUCUCGAGAAUCGCCGAUAACUACCAAACUCUCGAUCAGGUUACGGAAGCUCUUUCUAGGUCGGGAUUGGAGUCAUCAAAUCUGAUAGUUGGCAUUGAUUUUACUAAAAGCAAUGAGUGGACAGGGGCAAGAUCAUUCAAUAGGAAAAGCUUACACACAAUUGGGAGUGGACCAAAUCCCUAUGAGCAAGCCAUCUCAAUCAUUGGAAAAACUUUGUCUGCUUUUGAUGAUGAUAAUUUGAUUCCAUGUUUCGGAUUUGGAGAUGCAUCGACACACGAUCAAGACGUCUUUAGCUUUUAUGGGGACGGAAGGUUUUGUGAGGGGUUCGAGGAGGUCCUGACACGAUACAGAGAAUUAGUCCCCCAACUUCGCCUUUCUGGGCCGACGUCAUUCGCCCCGGUUAUCGAGAUGGCUAUGAGCAUCGUCGAUGAGAGCCGUGGCCAAUACCAUGUUCUCCUCAUUAUAGCAGAUGGACAAGUAACAAGAAGUGUUGACACUCCAUAUGGACAACUCAGCCAUCAAGAGAGACAAACAGUAGAUGCAAUUGUUAGAGCAAGCUACUAUCCGCUGUCCAUCGUUGUCGUUGGUGUUGGCGAUGGCCCCUGGGACAUGAUGAAGGAGUUCGACGACAACCUCCCCCAGAGAGCAUUCGACAACUUUCAAUUUGUCAACUUCACAGACAUAAUGUCAAGAAAUGUGGAGCAAUCAAGAAAAGAGGCAGAGUUUGCACUGUCUGCUCUUAUGGAGAUUCCAACACAGUACCAAGCUACCCUAGAGCUCAACAUUUUAAACCGGCAAACAGGUCAAGAUCCGAGCAGAAUUGCUCUGCGGCCGCCUUCCACAGCGAGGGGUGGCAGCAACCGAUACAGUCCUUACAGCAGCUCGAGUAGCAGUUUCCACAGAAUUGGUUCAUACUAUCCCGAUCCACACGAAACAACAGCUCCUGCUCACAGCAUAGCCUCAUCUUCCACCUCUCUUUAUGACAGCAAGAUCUGCCCCAUAUGCCUCAGCAACGCGAAAGACAUGGCUUUUGGCUGUGGACACCAGACCUGUUGUGAGUGUGGAGUGUACCUCGAAGACUGUCCGAUUUGCAGGAGCAUCAUCACAACCAGAAUAAAGCUGUAUCCUUAGCCAUCAACUGCUGAUAGUCUUGAAGAUUUUGUCGCCUGAAACCAUUGCAGGGAUCGACUGAGGAUCCAAGGUGCCGAGCACCCCUGUAAAUAGUUUGAAGAAAUGUUCUAUCUGAUUCUGAUCAAUAAUGGAGAUGUAGAUCACUCUACAUCAAGAUUUGAGAGCUUCAUUUUUUUUAGUUUUUUACUUUUGGAUUUGAUAGAUAGAUAGGAUUUUUUACUUGAUUGUUUUCUGAGUUAUUACUGAAUUCUCAUUCCUUCA